CACGGUCGUGUUUUUUUUUUCCUCGGAAACAUCGUAUUUCUCGUGGCCUGUCCUCCAAAACAUUGUCACGUGUGUCCGCUUGUGUGCACUGAAGCGGGGCUCAAAGUGCUCUUAUUUGCCUGUCGGGGUAUUUUGUCUGCCUUUUUUUUGUUUCCAGCCGUGGUGUUUGAGGAACAUGGCAGCAGAUAGGACCCAGCAGACAGAUUUGGCAAACCUCACCUGUCCGUAGCCGCUUCUUUGAGCUUUUCUUUUUUUUCCCCCCUUCCCGCACCUGAAGCUGACCGUAAACGGAAAACCGUUAUCUGGUUUGUGUGCUCUCGCGCUCCGUGUAACUCAGUGCUGCGGCGGCGGAACGCGAUGCGGUCUCGGUGCGUGCGCGCUUUGUUGCUCGCCUCCUUGGCGCUGCUCUUCUCAUCCUCCUCCUCUUCCUCCUCCUCCUCCGCCGCUGAGGUCGUAUUCCGCUGUCCGAGCUGCACGGCGGAGCAGCAGGCGGCGUGUCCCAAACCCCCGAGCCCGUGCACGGAGCUGGUGCGGGAGCCGGGAUGCGGUUGCUGCCCCGUGUGCGCGCUGCAGCUCGGAGAGCCGUGCGGGGUUUACACGGCGCGCUGCGGAAGCGGCCUGCGCUGCUCCCCGAGCGAGGGCGCCGAGAUGCCGCUGGAUGAGCUGUUGAAGGGACUCGGGAGCUGCCAGGUCAGAACCGAGAGUACGGACGAUGAGCGCGACCUCGAGUCCGAUUACCGAGAGCUGUUCACCACAAGGCCUCCGAUCCCGAGGAAGCCGAACAAAGAUGCCAACUACUGGCACAUGAGGGAGAAUAUGUUCAAGCAUCACCAGAAUGAUCAGAAAGCCAGGAUGAUGAACCGUGUGGAUGAGCCGAAAAACCCUCGGGCCAGAAUGAGUCAAUGUCAGCAGGAGCUGGAUAAGGUGCUGGAAGAGAUCUCGAAAAUGACCUUCCAUGACAACAAGGGACACCUUGAGAACCUGUAUGAGCUAUCGUUUCCCAACUGUGACAGUAACGGACAAUAUAAUGUAAAACAGUGCCACAUGUCCACCCAUGGGCAAAGGGGUGAAUGCUGGUGUGUGAACCCCCACACUGGUAUCCAGAUUCCCUCCUCCAUCAGAGUGAGGGGUGACCCCAACUGCAGCCAGUAUUACGGGGGACCCGAGCUCAAGUCCACUACCAGCAUGUACAAAUAGAUGUGGAUACCUGGAGCGACAGAACAACGAGAGACAAAGCUAGAGAGACAAGUGUGCAAGCAUAUAAUUCCUGUGUGUCUGUAUGUGGAAAUAUUUCAGACCUGUUGUGAAUCGCAUUUUAAUCUCCCGAAAUACCAGAGUAGAAAGCACCACAUUCAGACCAAAGUGUAUUUCAUAUAUGCUAAAUGACAUUAGACUGUGUUGUGUCCUUUUGUUAUAGUCUGUACUUUAGCACAGUAGGUCUAAACAGGCUCUUUUCAUGCUGUGACUAUCUUCUAGUUUAGCUGCAGUACAAAUCCCAGUAUGUAACAGUUCGUGCAGCUUCCUCUAUUUGGUCCCAUUCCCAACUUCCUUUUAGAGCCAUGCGAACAUAAGCUACAACCACUCCUGUACUGCUGCUUUUCUAACACUAAACAUGCACCAAAGUAGGAAUGCUAAUGUAUAAUUUUAAGCAGUGUCCUGCAAACAAUGUACUUUAUUUGCAUGGAUUUGUUUUCUAUGUUUGGCCCUCCUUUUUGUGGUUGUUCCAUGUGCACGGACACCAUCAGUGCUGUUUACUUGUAUUCAAAACCGCCUCCUCUCUUUGACUCACCCGACCGAACCAUGUGGAGCUACAUUCUCUGUACUGGCCUUGUCUAGUGUCUGCGGGGUGUCCGUGGGGUUUCUCAGUACACCGUUUUGUGUGUGUGUGUGUGUGUGUGUGUGUGUGUGUGUGUGUGUGUGUGUUAAGUGGAGUGUAGCCAGUGUUGGUAGCUGAUAGACUUCUCCCCUAUUCUCUCCAUCCUGUCAUAUGGGGGAAAAUACGGGUGGAGCGGUAGGUUCGGAGCAAAAGUGGUUUCUAAUGAUGUGCUGACAGAGGUCAAGAUUAGGACACAAAGCUGACACUGACAAAAGCAAAAUUAAGUGGGUUAAGUACCUAUAAAUAAACACAGGUUUGCAAAUAUAUGCCUGCAAUGCAGAUGGGCUGUACUUUAAUUUUUUUGUUUUGUUGCUAUUUUACGGUUUUCCAUGGCCGGGGGGGGGGGAGUGAACGAAGAGCUUGUUUUGCAUUUGGAAGAUUUAGUGGUUGGGUCAGGGGGGAAUUUGGGCUCCCAAGAUGUGUGAGAGGAUGCCAAUUGGUGCACAGGUUGAGGGGGCUGCUAAGCAUGCCGUGGCACGAGCUUUCCCACAUGGUGUGAUUUGUUUAUUGUAAAUGUUUCACUCUAGGGCGGCGAUUGUCCUUGAAAGCUGUAGUUACAUUUUAUUCGGUCUGUGACGUACGAUCAUGCUUGUCUAUCUGUCUUUCCAUCUUUGUCUCUCUUGUUCUCUCUUUCCUUUUCUCUCUUUCUCUCUCUCUUUCUCGCCGAGUGUAGCAUUGGACAGAUUAAAUAGACAGGAUCCAUAAAUAGCAGCUGAGAUUAAGCUGAUCGAUUGUAAACAAAUGGGACGUAGGCCCAAGAGCUUGGCUAAAAACUGUUCUACUCUGUUUAAAGACUUCUGUGAGCUUUGCCUCUCAGAUAACAUAUUAACCUUCAAUGUCUCACAUGGUAUUGCCAUGUCCAGCUCGCCUUUAAAAUUAGCUUUCAUAGAUUUUCUUUUUUUAGAGUGUAUUAUGGUGCUACAGCCUGGCUCUCCUGAACCCUGCUCCCCCAUGUGGGGUUUUGGGGCCAGCACAUAGGCUGCUGAGACUCUGGCUACGAGUUUUCCAUUUGGGCUGGCUUCCAAAAUAGAUUACUGCCUCCCCUCUGGUGGUACAGUAAAUUUUAUGGUAGUUUGAGUCUGACCUAGUUUGAAAACAAAGCAAAACCAAUUCCUGUGGUUUUUUUGAGCAUAUUGAUUUGCCAGAGCUGUGCUGAAGGAGUGAAAGACUUUGGUUGUGUGUGUGCAGAGGGGGUUGCUGCGCCAUGCCUGUAGCCAGAGGAUGGAGGGAAGUGGUGUUUGCCAUCUGCUGCAGUGUAAAAAUGUCAGAGCUGCGUGCUGUUUGGACGGCCUCGGACAUGCGACAGGAAGAAUUUCUUAAGCAAAUCCUACACAGCACACAAUGUACAAGCCUCGCACACUUUCACUUUUUACAUUUCUUUCCCCUUGUUGUUGUCGUCGUCGCAUUGCAUGCCACCGAGUACCCGGAGGCACACCAGCAUCAGAUAAUAAAGUUUACUGGUGACCACUAACGCAGCAUGCUUCUUGUAUCGUUUCGUAUUGGAAUUAAAGUGCCUGCUUGCAAUUCAUAAAGGGAUUGUGAAAGCCAUAAAUGCAUGCCAACCAACAAAGAUAUUUUUAAAGGCCUGUAAUAAAUGACAAUAUGAUUAAACAUGUUACUUUCA